AUGAAGAGACGCUGGACCAGCCAAACAGGGAUGCAUACGCUCGUGGGAGCCACUUUUCCAGCUCUCGUGGUCGCGUUGACGAUCGCGGCCUGCCUUCCGACGCUGUCGCUGGGUAUCACCGGCGAGCACGUGUGCCACCGCGUCGACAACUACACGGUGACGUCGAGGGAAAGAUACACGGAGCCUGUGGAAAUUCUCACCCUCGUGUGGUGCCUGCAAAUCCCACCGCGUUGUCCCCAGACGCGCGUUGAGUUGCGGACGCGCUGGAGAAUGAAGACUGAGGUAAAGUACAAAAGCGUGCCGGUCUGCUGCGAAGGUUACGUGAUGCAGGAGCUCAUAGGGAACGGAAGCGGUAACGCCAAAUGCGUGCCCUACUGCAAAAAAUGCCGGAGCGGGGUUUGCACGGCUACGAACGAGUGCACCUGCGAUCCGGGUUUUCAGGGCCAGGACUGCGCCUACGAGUGCCCGCAGGGCAGUUGGGGCCAGAACUGCGAGAACGAGUGCAGCUGCGUGCACGAGGUCACCUGCAACCCCGUGAACGGCAAGUGCGAGUGUCCCGCGGGCUGGACGGGUCCUAGGUGCGAGAGCAAGUGCCCCGAGGGCCAGUGGGGCGCGGGCUGCAACUCGGUGUGCCUGUGCGGGGGCCCGGAGGCGCGCUGCCACCACGAGAGCGGCGAGUGCAUCGAGCCCGACGACGCCGGCAACUCCGGAGCUCCCACCGACGUGUUCGAGGCCUCCGGGAAUCUACUCCCGGUCGACUACAUCGACGUCAUCGACUUUGACAAGGAGGCCCUACUGCCCAGAGUGACGGAGCAUGAUUCAGGUACCCCACGAGUGGACGAGGCAGUGCUACCGAGAGGCGAACAGAGAGGACCAGGGGAUGGGUUACGGAGCACGGUGGGCUUGUCUCUGGGGGUGGUCGAAGGGCAGCCCGUCACCCAGAGGCCAACGACGCCACUGCGGAGGUCGACCAAGCAACCCGGCAUCACCACGACCGAUGGAAAUCAAUUUUCGCGGAAGCAACCAACCGACGCUGGCGCAGCGGCCAAGAAGAGCAUCGGCUUCGACUUUGACGAGGCUCGAUCCAACUUUCGCGUCAUCGUCUCGCCCAAGACGGAGUACGUCAAGAAUACUCGUGGAGAUGAGCCCAACGGUAUACCAAUCGACGUGGCUGCGAUGAUAGUGGUCGGUGCGUUGGUCUCGCUGGGCCUGACGUCCGUGGCGGCGCUCAUGAUCUUUCACAUACGCUCGCGGCUGCUCAAGGCCGCGCUAUCCAUGUACAACCAGGAGAGGGCUGUCGAGAGGCAGUACGCCGCGUCGGCCGAGAAGGACAUCGAUACCAAAGGCUUGGACGUCACCAUCGGCACUCUACCUCGUACAAUGACGCGGAUCAAUCCGAUGUACGAUGCGGGCUCGGGGUCCGACUCGGCGGGUUUGGCGUUCGACGAGAGGCCGGUCGAGUACGCCAACGGGACCGUGACCAUCGGCAUCCGGUUGUCCAGCAACCUGAGAGAUUUACUGGAGAGCCACUACGACAAGCCGGCACCGUGCUCCCACAGGCACGGCGGCCCAGGCAGCAGCGUCGGGGCAACGGCGCUGGGCCCCGACGGCGACAGCGGUGUCGAGCACGUGUACGCGGAGAUUCCCCACUCGGCGCCCUACUACUUCGACGUUUACUGCUGUGACGGCUUUACCUGGACCCCCGAUAUUGGCAAGUGUGACACCCACACUAUACACAAGCCCGAUUGUCAAGGAACAGCGUGGUGUAUACCAAGUGAUCCAUUCGCUUGCGGCCUUUUGCGAAGAAACAUGGAAGUUAAGACGUUCGUUUUGGUCGUUGUGAUCGUAGGUCUAUGCGAGAGCUGCUCGGCAAAGCACACGAUUACCGAUUUCGCUAUCCCGCGUAAUUGCUCGGAAUUGUACAGCGUGGAAAACCCGAGGUACGUGCCGUACGAGGAGAGAUACUGGAAAAUCAACUGGUUGGGCAUCGGGAAAUGGAAAACACGCACAAACUACAGAUUGGAGAAGCACAUCAGUUACCAAUCGCGGGCAACCUGCUGUCCGGGAUACGCGAAUUUCAGCGCGAGCCAGUGCAUCCCCGUCUGUACCAAGAGUUGCGGUCCCAACGGGGUCUGCUCCCAACCGGAGCUCUGCAAAUGCGACGACGGAUAUUGGCUCAAUCUCGACGAGUGCGAGCCCAAAUGCGAGCCCGGCUGCGGACCCCACGGCUUUUGCAGCACCCCCGGCCAGUGCAGCUGCGUCAAGGGUUACCGUCGCAAGGAUCACGCCUGCGAGCCCAUCUGCGCUGAGGCCUGCAUCAACGCUGAGUGCAUCUCCCCGGACACGUGCUCCUGCUUGGAUGGAUACGUGCCACUGGAGGGCAAACAGAGCCACGCGUGUAGUCCUUACUGCAGCACCGGCUGCGCGAACGGCAGCUGCCAUGAACCCGAGGUGUGUCUAUGCGACGACGGCUACAGGCUCGUGGACAACCGUACCAAAUGCAAGCCGAUCUGCAGCCAGGACUGCGGGAUGGGGAAGUGCACGGCUCCGGAGACGUGUAGCUGCCUCGAAGGUUUCGUGAAGAGGAACGCGACGGUGGCCGGCUCGGGCUGCAUCGUCGCCUGCGGCUGCGAGAACGGCUGGUGCAACGAGACGAGCGCGGCGUGCGACACGUGCAAGGAGGGCUACGAGCUGCUUUGGGUAAACGACUCGAGCGCGUGUCAGCCGUACUGCGAGGGUGGCUGUAGCAACGGCAGGUGCGUCGGGCCCCAGUGGUGCGAGUGCGACGACGAUUACCUGCCCGAAAACGACACUAUGGGCAAUCCCCGGUGCACCAGGACUUGCGGCGGCGAGUGCACCCAUGGCACCUGCGACCCGGAAAACAACACUUGCGCCUGCCUGCACGGCUGGGUGGGCAAGUACUGCGACCGGCCCGACGCCGCGCUUUGCUUGAUCGCCAACCGGUCGAAUUUUACGUGGUUGGAGGGAGGUUGGAACGGUUCGAGGUGCAGCGAGCGUUGUCAGCGAGAAGUCAACUCCACGGCAGAUUGCACCGCUCAACCCAACGGGGAUGUAGACGCGGCUCUCAACGCGACGUGCUUCAUGAGCAUCGACUCUCCGUGCAACGUGCUCAUCGUACAAUCCGAGCGCUAUGAGCCGCAAACGGACGUCGGGACGAUCGUGACGUUGACUGUGCUCGUGGCCGUGUUGCUCUUAGCCUCCGUAGUCGCGUUGUUCGUCCGAAGGAGGACGAGGAGAACGAGGGAACUACUGAAAUCCGUCCAGGGGAGGAAGAACCGGGAGGAGCUCGCCAACAGCGACACCAUCAGCUUGUGAAAUCCCAUUGCUUGUUAUACCUGCGCUUGUUGUACACGCGGAUGAAAAUCCACAAUAAAACAAGAAAAAC